AUGGCGCACGUGUUAUCCCAAGAUCCGGGUGCCCGCGAGCACGACGUCGGCUUGGGCGUCAAGGGCGACAUCAAGGAUGGCUACACCACCCGUCCCUCCCGAUCCGACGAUGGCGGCGCCGACAACAUGCUGGAGCAGCUUGGUUACAAGCCCGAGCUUGAGCGCAACCGGUCGACGCUGCAGGUCGCCUUCAUGUCCUUCGUCCUCGCUUCUAUUCCGUACGGUCUGGCCACGACUAUGAUCUACCCCUUAGCUGGUGGUGGUCCUGUAAACAUUAUUUGGGGCUGGCUUGGCGUGUCUCUGAUCAUCAUCUGUGUCGCUGCUUCGCUUGGUGAAAUCACCAGUGUCUACCCUACUGCCGGAGGUGUUUACUACCAGGCCUUCAUGCUCGCCUCUCCCAAGUACCGCCGCGUGGCCAGUUGGAUUUGUGGCUGGCUCUACGUUGUGGGAAAUAUUACCAUCACUCUGGCUGUGAACUUUGGAACUGCCCUCUUCUUCGUUGCGUGCAUCAACGUUUUCGAGUCGGAGCCUGGUGUCGGCGUCCUCGCCGGCGAGCCAUACCAGGUUUUCCUAAUCUUCCUGGGCCUGACCUUCCUCUGCAACCUGGUGUCCUCGCUCGGCAACAAGUGGCUGCCCCUGCUUGAUGUAAGAAUGACUUGGUUUCGUCUCCUGUUGGGCAAUGUGAACGAUGGGAUGUUAACUCUGCGAUGUAGCAUGUGUGAAGAGGUGAAGAAGCCCGCCACCCAGGUUCCUAAGGCGCUGGUCCUGACCGUCUGCCUCAACACUCUGGCCGGUCUGCUCUUCCUGAUUCCUCUCGUCUUUGUCCUCCCGGAUAUCACCUACCUCAUCAACUUGGCCAACGGCCAGCCCACCCCCGCCAUUAUCAAGGAUGCCAUGGGCACUUCUGGCGGUGCCUUUGGCCUUCUUGUCCCGCUCAUGGUUCUCGCCAUCCUCUGCGGCAUCGGCUGCACUACCGCUGCAUCUCGGUGCACCUGGGCCUUUGCCCGUGAUGGUGCUAUCCCCGGUUCCCGUUGGUGGAAGGAGGUCAACCACAAGCUGGACGUGCCGCUGAACGCUAUGAUGCUCAGCAUGGCUGUUCAGAUCAUUCUCGGUCUCAUCUACUUCGGUUCCAGCGCCGCCUUCAAUGCCUUCUCUGGUGUUGGUGUCAUCUCUCUGACCGCUUCCUACGCCAUACCCAUCGCCAUCAGCCUUUUCGAAGGCCGGAGCCAUUUGGUCGGUAGCCCCUUCAACCUGGGCAAGUUUGGUGUCGCUGCCAACAUUAUUGCUCUCGCUUGGUCCGCUCUCGCCAUGCCUCUAUUCUGCAUGCCCACUUUCGUUCCCGCCACCCCCGAGACCAUCAACUACGCUCCCGCCGUCUUCGUCGCCGCUUGCCUCAUUUCGGGUGGCUGGUACCUUGCCUGGGGCAGGAAGAACUACGCCGGUCCCCCGACCCAAGAGGACCCUGCUUUUUAA